AUGAGUUUUUUUAAAAAGCUCCAGCAAUUCCAGCCAUGACAGAUCCCUUGUAAAUAUCGGUAGUCCCUUGUAGAUGUUUGUAAUAUGUACUCAAUGAAUACCAGCGCUCCGCUCUCUCAGCGCUGCCCAAGGCCGCUCCUUUCGUCGCUCUCAUAUCAUCUCCCAAAACGCAAAUUCUCCUUUCCUCCAUUGCCGACAAAACACCAUCUCCUCACUUCAACCUUUCCAAGAUCUCCCUCUCUCUCUCUUCAUUUGGAAAGUUCUAGAAUUUCCGCCAGGAAAUGUGUUCCGGAGAACGUUUCCAAUUCUUUCGAGCCAGAUCAGGUUCAGGAAGAAGCUUUUGGCUCGAUUCAGGAGAUUGCACAUAAUGAGAUCGAUAUUACGAAGAUUCUGAUGGGCGCCAACUCUAUUAUUCCUCAUGUAGUCCUUGCAAGCACAUUGUUGGCUCUUAUCUUUCCACCUUCUUUCACAUGGUUCACAACCAGGUAUUAUGCCCCAGCACUGGGAUUUUUGAUGUUUGCUGUUGGGGUUAAUUCAAGUUCAAAGGAUUUCAUUGAAGCAAUCAAUAGACCUGGAGUUCUAACUGCUGGAUAUGUUGGGCAGUUCAUCAUAAAGCCUCUUCUUGGAUACUUUUUUGGUACCAUUUCGGUGACAGCUUUCCGUCUUCCAACUUCUAUCGGUGCUGGCAUCAUGUUAGUGUCUUGCGUCAGUGGGGCGCAGCUUUCAAAUUAUGCUACUUUUCUAGCUGACCCGGCUAUGGCCCCUCUAAGCAUAGUUAUGACAUCAUUAUCGACUGCCACAGCAGUUCUUGUUACACCAAUGUUGUCUCUCUUGCUCAUUGGCAAGAGGUUGCCAGUUGAUGUGAAAGGAAUGAUGUCCAGUAUCGUGCAGAUUGUAGUUGUACCUAUUGCUGCAGGCCUCCUUUUGAACAGGUUCUCUCCCCGGAUUUCUGCUGCUAUCCGGCCACUGUUGCCUCCUCUCUCAGUGUUUGUGACAGCUCUCUGUGUUGGUUCACCAUUGGCAAUAAACAUAGACGCCGUCCUCUCCCCUUUUGGGAUCAUAAUUUUGUUGCUUAUUAUUGGAUUCCAUGCCUCAUCAUUUUUUGCUGGGUAUAUUCUCACUGGGCUUGUGUUCCAGAAAGCACCUGAUGUGAAAGCUCUACAGAGAACUCUUUCCUUCGAGACAGGAAUGCAGAGUAGUCUCCUAGCUCUUGCAUUGGCAAACAAGUUUUUCAAAGACCCACUAGUGGGUGUGCCUCCAGCCAUUUCUGUUGUGAUUAUGUCCCUGAUGGGGUUUUCUCUUGUCAUGCUAUGGACUAAGAGGAGAGAUCAAGUCCCAGCCUGAUGGGGGUUUACUAAGCAAAGAUAGUACAAUCACUAAAUUUCUGUUAUUGCAUGGUAGUGCUACUCUGUCUUCGACAAGCUCUUGCUACAGAGGAUUCAAAUUGCCACUGGAAGUUAAGAGGGGAUCUUUUGACUGUAAAGAAGGUUGCAAUGGGCCUUUUGCACCUUUAACUGGAUUUCUGUUUGGUUACUGGUCUUAAUCAAGUCUGUUGAAUUCUCAUCGGUGUUGGGCGCGGAGAAAACUGGAUACCGAUUGUUUGGGGUUUGAGUUCCUUUGGUUAAUAAAAUGGCUUUAUGAUAAUGUUAUAGAAUGGCCUUAUUCUAGUGUUUGGCAUAUUUUGUGAUAACGUUAAUCUUCAGAAGAACAUAGGAACAUGGCAUUGAAGGUACUUUCACCCCGUGUUUCAAGUAUCGAAGAUUUCAGUCGAUAUAUCCUAUGAUAUAUCUUGCAUGCCACCUGUGUGAUACAAAACACACUAGUGGUGGGAUAUAUCCCACAAGUUCAAUC